AUGAACAAUACAAAAACUCACGUGUACGAAUAUCAUGGCGUCGAAGUUUUCUCGUUAAAUGAAAAUGGCGCAAUUAGUACAAAAUCAAAAACACCAGCAUCAUCGAUUUUAACUAUCAAAAAAGAAAAUAAUAAUACACGUCUAAUCAAUGUUAAAGAAGGUCACACCCCAGUACUAACGCUUUCAUUUGAUGGUAGUGUCGAAUGUGCUCGGGUUGGCACGAAAGGAAUUAUUUUGAGUGUUCCCAAACAACUGUCAUAUUUAAUCAAAUUUUCUAACGAAGAUGAUUUGUCUGGAUUUUCAAAGCAUAUUGGACUUAGCAAACGAGAUACAGAGGACGAAGGAUGUUUAUUUGAUGAGCGGACAGAGGAAUCAUCUGCAAUGCAGUAUUUUCAAUUUUAUGGUUAUUUAUCUCAACAACAAAAUAUGAUGCAGGAUUAUAUUCGAACAUCAACGUAUCAGCGAGCAAUACUAGAUAAUUCGAUUGAUUUUGCAGAUAAAGUUGUUCUCGAUGUUGGUGCUGGUUCAGGUAUCCUAUCUUUUUUUGCGGCACAAAGUGGAGCGAAAAAAGUUUAUGCAGUCGAAGCAAGUUCAAUGGCUCAACACGCUAAAUUGUUAGUUGAUAAUAAUCAUUUAUCGAAUUGUAUUAGUGUUAUUCCAGGGAAAAUUGAAGAAAUUCAAUUACCAGAACAAGUUGAUAUUAUUAUAUCUGAGCCAAUGGGCUAUAUGUUAUUCAAUGAGCGUAUGCUUGAGACUUAUUUACAUGCCAAAAAAUGGUUAAAACCUAAUGGAAAAAUGUUUCCGACAUUGGGUGAUUUACAUGUUACACCAUUUACAGAUGAAGCACUUUAUAUGGAACAAGUUGCAAAAGCAAAUUUUUGGUAUCAACAAUCUUUCUAUGGCGUCGAUUUAACAACACUGCGUGAAGCAGCAUUAGACGAAUAUUUUAAACAGCCAAUUGUCGAUAAUUUUGAUGUUAGAAUAUGUUUAUCGAGACCAAUUAAACAUACCGUUAAUUUUUUAACAGCAAGCGAAGAAGAUUUAUAUAAAAUUAAAAUUCCAUUAACAUUUCAAAUGACAACAACAGCUGUUGUACAUGGUCUUGCAUUCUGGUUUGAUGUUGCAUUUGACGGAACAAGUUCACAAGUUUGGUUAUCAACAGCACCUACACAACCACUAACCCACUGGUAUCAAGUACGAUGUUUGUUUAUGAAACCACUGACGGUUAAUCAGGGUCAAGUAAUUAAAGGUCAUGCUACAUUACAUUCAAAUCGAAAACAAAGUUAUGAUGUUGAAAUAUUUCUACAAGUAGAGGGUACAACGCAAUCAGCAGAAAAUACGCUUGAUCUCAAAAAUCCAUAUUUCAGAUAUCCAAAUCAACCGUUGCAAGUACCACCUGGUCAAUAUCAUGAAAGUCCAACAGAACAAUAUUGGAAUGCAUUGCCUGUCGAUCAAGCAAUGAAUUCCUCAAAUAUGCAUCCCAAUGCUAAUCCAUAUAGUCAAAAUUGUAACAUCAAUAAUAAUUUAAAUAUGUCGGGACAAGAUAUCGAAUAUGAUGCCAUGUCAAAUAUAUCCUCACAAUCUUCUGGUUAUCAUCAUCAACAACAACGUUACAUUUACGAUGCAAAUGGUAUACCUGUAACAUCAGUGCCACCCUACUGUCAUAGCAAUAACACAAAUAAUAAUAACAAUUCGAAUAAUAUCGUAAUAUCUAUCGAAAUGUUACAAUCUGAAAAUAUGACAUGGAAUAUUGAUCGUAAAAUAGAUAAUCACGACAUAGUUCGUCCUCAAUUGAAUAAAGUCUAUAACUCAUUACCAAAUCCGUUAUCAUCUCAGUCACCAAUAAAUAAUUAUUUGUACGAUUCAAAACCAAUAGGAAAGCCCCUUUGUUUACGUUUAAAUCAUGAUAUAUCAUUAUCUCCACAGCUCAUAUUAGAAGAUAAAGUAUUUCGUUCAGCUAUUCGAUUACAACAUGGAACAACAUCUCGAUCUCAAAUAUUAUUUGUUGGAACAUUAAUUGUUGACGAUGAAACAAAUCGUUUAACAUUUGUUAUUGAUCGUUUACAAUUAGAUGAUACAUCAUCAAAAUUAACAUCAAAUUUAUUAUAUAAACAAUUACCAGGUGAAUUUUUUAUUCCAGUUCGAUUUGAUACUACAUUAAAUCAUGAUGUUAUAUGUUCGAUUAUGAAUGAUGGAAUUAACGUGAUUGAUACUUAUUGUCAAUCAACAUCAAAAUUAGAAUUACACAAUUUCUUUUUAUUAUAUGGUCAUAUGACAUCACGUUUAACACCAUCGAUAAAUGCUAAUUUAACAUUUGAUUUAUUGACAAUAAAAAAUGAAUUUAAAUUAAAUCCCAUUAAUUCAGUAACAAUUUUACCAACAGCUCUAUUGAAAAAUAUUACUACAGGAUUAUACAUGAAUCAACAACAUUUUGGCUAUUGUGGCAUUGAUCGUACAUCAAAAAAUAAACUAUUACUUAUACUAGAAAAUGAUCCACAAGCAUGUGCAUUACCAUUAGUUGGAAUUUGGGUAUCCGGUGUGAUUAAUGUUCAAAGUCCAUUUGUCUGGGCUGUUUGCAUUCGUUAUUGUAUGAAUUUAUCACUGAAACACCGAAUACGAAGUCUCGAACAUCAGCCAUUUAUUUUGUUAUUCUAUUCGUCGUUAGCACGUGGAAAAUGUGAAUAUUAUGAAGUAACAACAACAAAUCAACAUAUCGAUUACCAUUUAUGGACAACAACGAAAAAAAUCAUUAUGCCGACAACAUCAACAAACGACAAUGCAACAAAUUUGCCGUAUGAUUUUGACUUUAAACAUGUGUAUGAUGGACCAAAAAUGCAUGCCUUACUUGAUGCUUGUGGUAUUAAUAGUAAACAGAGUGAAUGUCAACAACCAUAUCUUGUAAAAUCACAUUCAACACCAACACCGAUCAAAACACCACAACAACAAUUUUCGUCUAACGCUUCGAUUUUGUCGGAUGAUGAAGACGAUAAUCCUAAUAAUGAAGAGCAAGAACAUUUGAGUAUUAUGACAUAUUCACCGAAUAAUACAAACGGAAGUUUAUACGGUGUGCCUCGACAACCUCCAAAACAAACAAAUUCGCCAGUUUGGUCAGAUGUUACAUUAAAAUCGUCAACCCAGAAACAUUGGCCAGUAAAAACUUUAAAAAAUUCAUCACCUCCUACUACACCAAUUUUACCUACAUCACCAGUACAACAACCGGACACACGAAUAACUGUUGAACUUGAUUCACUAUUAUCGACAGUACCACCAACUAUACCUGAUUCUCCAUUAGUGGCACAGUUUAAAGAAGAAAUUUUAGAAAAAAUGAAUACGUAUGAUGCUCAUAUACAAUCAUUAAAUACGUUGGUAUCACAAUUAUUAGCCCAAAAAUCAUUGAUAAUACCGUCUUUACCAACGACACCAAAUUCUCAAGACAAAAAAGUUGAUGUCGGUGUUCAAAGCGAUUCACUCUCUCCUAUACCUAAUGAGGACGGUACGAACAGUUAUAGUAAUACACUAAAUAAUGACAUUCCUAUCAAAAGACAAACGGCAGACUUUAAUAAUACAACUCCACGAAUGUUAAACAAUGUACAGCGAUCAUCAUCAUACGAACAAAGACAACAACAGCAAGCUCAAGUUCAAUCAGUUUCAAAGUGUAUUAAUAAUUCUCCAAGUUUAUCAAAACACAAUCAACCACCAGUUGUUGAUUAUUCAUUAUUAUAUAAAUCGACUGAUUUUAGCCAUUAUCAUCAACAAUCAAAUAAUUUAAUAACACCAUUACGUCGCUCAUUUGAUUCAAUCAAUCAAUUUUCAUCACACACAUCCAAUAGUGACCAACAACUCAAACAAUUAUCUUCCGUGAGUACCAAUACUAAUAAUAACAAUAUCAAUGAAGAAUAUCAUCAGCAUGAAAAUAAUAAUGACGAUGAACAAUCUGAAAUACUUACAGAAAUAAAUCCUGAAAAUAUUCUAAAACCAUUUUUUCAAUAUAUGGCACAACAACGACAAAUUGUUGAAUUCAACAAUAAUAAUAGUUCAACAUCAAAAUUGUUAGAUACAACAUUAAAAACAAUUGAAAAAGAAAGUACUAAACAAGCAGAAAAAAUAUCUCAAUUAGCAAAUGUCAUUCAAAAUAAUAAUAAUACGGCUGCUCUUGUUAUUUCAUCGCCAACAAUACGACGACGUUUGAAUAGUGGUAGUAAUAUAAAUGUAACAUCAACAACUGGUAUCAGUUUUACAGUCGAUCAUCAAGCUCGUUUACAAAUGCAAAUAAUUAAUCAACAAAGUACAACAUUGUAUCAACAACAACAACAACAACAACAGCAACAGCAGCCUGUACAAUUACAAACACCACCAAAAGAGAAUGAUUUAAGUUUCGAAGUUCGAUCAAUAGCAAUGAAAUAUUUAGAAGAUGAUCAAUUAGUUCAAUAUUCAAAUCAAUGUCAAAUUCAACCACAACAACAAUCAUAUGAUAAAGGUUUAUCGUUUGCUACACAAAAGUAUUUGGAAAAAUAUGGUCUAUUAAAUCAACAUCAAUAUUUAAGUGAAUUAUCAGACAGUAGUAGUUUGAAUAAAACACCAUUAACCGUUGAUUCAAUAUCUGAUGAUGAUGAUGAUUAUAUCGAGAACAUCAGUAAUUAUCGUAAUACUUCGAGUGUGAAUAACGUACAAAAAUUUUCAAAAAUAAUUCAACGAAUUCCGUCCACCAGUUCAGAUAGAAAUAAAAUACUUGAUCUUACUCAAAUAAGAAAAUUACCAAAACUUCUUUGA